AUGCAGACACCUAGUAAAUCAUCAGAUGACUCUGUACGGUCGGAUAAAUUAUCUCCUAGUACCGAAAGUGGCUCAAGUAACCAAGGAGCGCAAACUAGUGCUGAAGGCGGGUUAAUUAAUGUCGGAGUUUCUGUAUCGGUUGAUUCAGACGAUGGUUCAGGAAAACCAAAGGAAGGGGGAUCAGAAGAUGGAUCUAAAACAUCUGUUGUUGGUAAAACCCCAUCCACAAUGCAGACACCUAGUACAUCAUCAGAUGACUCUGUACUGUCGGAUACGUCAGCUCCUAGUACCGAAAGUGGCUUAAGUAACCAAGGAGCGCAAACCAGUGUUGAAGGUGGAUUAAUCAAUGUCGGAGUUUCCGUAUCGGUUGAAUCAGGCGAUAGUUCAGGAAAACCAAAGGAAGGUGGAUCUGAAGAUGGUUCUAAAACAUCUGAUGUCGAUGAAACCCCACCCACAAUGCAGACACCUAGUACAUUAUCAGAUGUCUCUGUACCGUCAGACACGUCAUCUCGCGAAGCCCAAAUUGGCUCAGGCAAUGAUGGAGCACAAACCAGUGUUGAAGGCGGAUUAGUCAAUGUCGGAGUUUCUGUAUCGGUUGUUUCAGACGAUGUUUCAGGAAAAUCAAAAGAAGGGGGAUCAGAAGAUGGAUCUAAAACAUCUGUUGUUGGUAAAACCCCAUCCACAAUGCAGACACCUAGUACAUCAUCAGAUGACUCUGUACUGUCGGAUACGUCAGCUCCUAGUACCGAAAGUGGCUCAAGUAACCAAGGAGCGCAAACCAGUGUUGAAGGUGGAUUAAUCAAUGUCGGAGUUUCCGUAUCGGUUGAAUCAGGCGAUAGUUCAGGAAAACCAAAGGAAGGUGGAUCUGAAGAUGGUUCUAAAAUAUCUGAUGUCGGUGAUGAAACCCCACCCACAAUGCAGACACCUAGUACAUCAUCACAUGUUUUCUGUACCGUCAGACACGUCAUCUCCCGUAGCCCAAAUUGCCUCAGGCAAUGA